AAUAAAUUAUAAAAUGGAAGAGAAGGAUGUGCUAAAGAGCGAACAAUGUAUUCAAGAUGGCACUAUCGAUGAAAUAUACAACCAACUUGGUUCUGAGUCACCACCUUAUAAACAGAAGCUAAUUUGGCAUAUCAACGAAUUUUCUAGUAAAAAUGCUGCAUAUCUUUGGAAGAAGAUGGAGAAGAUCGGAAUUAAUGAAAUAAACGACCUGAGAAUAUACCAAAACGAUAAUUUUGAUACAUUCAGAAGGAUUAUGAAGACAUCUUUAUUUCAUAACAUAUCUUGUUUUUAUGUCGAGUUAGACAGAAAUAAUGUCUAUGAAUUUAAGAACUUUCAUCGAUCAAUAUUGAAGUUUAUUCCAAUUGUGACUAAAUCAUUGAGUCUCCGUUAUUGUUAAAUUUCAAAGAACCAAUUUAGAAAAAUUAUCCAAAUAGGAAGAGAAAUUUCAGUAGUGAUUUUUUCUGGAUGAACCUUGGAUCUGACAAAUUUAAAAUUAAGCCAAUCUCUACAUUACUCGAUUAAGCAUAUUGCAUUUGAUUCUGGUUAUCAGUAUGAGGGUAAAUACUCUGAAGAGAUAUAUGACAUUGUCGAAAAUUUCCUCAGAGCUUGCACUGAAACAAAUAUGAAGUCUUCCCUAGAAUUCAUAGAUAUAGACAAAAGAGAAGCCAUAGAAGAGCUCCAACAUCUAGCAACAGACAUAUAUAGAUUC